UCCAGGUCAAAUGUCAGAAGUCAGCCAAUUUGGGCAACAUUUUGACAGACCACCGCACCGUUGAGUGCUUACAAUUGCGGAUUAUCGAUAUGCCCGCACUUCGGCAUCGAUACCGACUAUCGAUAUGCAUAUGCAUGUACUCGAUGCAUUCCCCUCUAGAAAAGUAUUUUGUGCGUCGUCAGUCUCUUGGGAAAAUUGUGUUCCGUGUGUUUUUUUAAAAGCAGUCUUGAAAGAAAAAAAAAAUGGAAGUCGAAAUUCCGAAGAAAAAGCCUCAUCGCAGUGAAAAAAUAUUGGGGUUUUUGGCGUAUCUGCAGGCGACGCAGCGCUUUAAAUUUUGGCAACCGCAACCCAACCGAUCGAAGGUUGUCAAGUACAUUUGCCUCUCGGCCGUGAGCUGCGACAUGGACUCGGUGAUCAGCACUUUGGCGGUGGCCUACUACCGCUACCGCACCAAGCAAUCGACAUUCGACCAUUACGUGCCGAUGCUCAACAUGUGUCGUCGCGACUUUGCCGCCAAUAAGGAGGUCGACCAGCUGCUGAGAAAAUGGGAUAUCGAUGAGGCACGUCACUUGCUUUUUCGCGAUGAUUUCAAGAUGGAAUUACUGAUGCAGUGCCGCUUCAUCCUGGUGAACCACCACGACAGCUGCUUCAACAAUCUUGUGGUGGAGUAUUACGACCAUCGUCCGUUCCGGUUCAGCGAAGCACCCCUGCCCAGGGACUGCCAGUGCGACUUGAGCAUCCUGCCGAUGCGCUCCUGCGCAGGCAUGAUCACUGCCCUGUACAAGAAAGCCUCGAUUGAGUCCAACAUCGUCUUCGAGCUGCUGCGCACUGCGCUGCUCAUGGCGAACAGCAACUUCGACCUGGUGCCACCAAACACGCUCGGCGAGGUGCCAGACUUCCGAAUGCUCAAGCAUUUGGAGACACUCAUUCGGGACAGGGCCAUGGAGCCCGCGGAGCCCGAGGAGCGCGCCAACGCCGACCAGAAGACGACCGAUUCUGUUUCUAAAUCCGGUGUGGUCAGCCUGCCGGAGAUCAUCCGGCGCAAAUUCAAGCUGCUGGAGACCAGCAAUGGCAAGGUCAUGCGUGAAGUUCUCUUCACCAGCUUCCCGAUGGCCCUCAGCACGCUCGUCACUUUUAGCCAAGCCCCCCAGGUCAUCGAUACGUUCGGUAAAGAGCAGGCCGCCGACUUCAUUCUGAUGCUGAGCACAACCCCUGGCACGGAGGUGUACGGCCCCAGGCCCGUCUAUCAGCUGGGCCUCCUCCCUAUGGACGGACUGCAGGAUCUGAAUAGUCGUCGUCUAUUCGAACACAUGGUCGUCAAUCUGAAUCUGUCCGUUGAUCCGAUGCUCAACCUGAAGCCGUUUUCCAAGUGCGACUUCAUGCAUGGCGCCUUCUACAACCUGGGCAAAUUGGACAACACCGUUCCGGACGUGCUGCACCUGGUGGAGCGCAUCUUGUACCACUGGGCAGAGAAAUGCCGUUGUGUCACCGUCGCCGACAAGAAAAAGCCAUGUUUUUAAAGAGCAUUUCUUAAUAAAUACAGAAUAAUGUAUCA